CGGUACUUUCAUCGCCAAGGACGCUGAAGUACAGCAUUUUGUUGAGGAGAUCAGGAGUAAAAUGAAAAGUACUGCCGGCAGAGGAAUCUGUGGAGCCAGUCAGUGGUCUGCUGCACGGGAGACAGCCAGAAGAGCUAGUAAACUGGAUGAAGAGGGCAUUGAGGUGGUUGUUUGCCGACACGGAGUGCUAUUGAAGGCCCUCAACAUGUAUAGGGGGGAAAUAUUUGCUUAUCCGCUGUUCCUGCAAAAGGAGCUUCAGGCAGCCACACAUGGACAGUUCUUUUGCACGGAUAUUGCUUGCAAGCAUUGGCCCUACCUUGAAAAGUUGUCGGUCUCCAUGUCAGAACUCAGACCUUUACUGCAGAUGAGGCCAUUCCUUUCUGUCAUGCAUGCCAAGGCCCAUUCAACAAAGUGUGAGAUAAUCUGGAGUGGCAAAAAUCAAGAGGGUGCUGGUACAACUGCAGGGGAGGAGGUCGAAAUGGUAAACAGCUACCUCUCUCGUUGUGCCCUCACAACCAAGUACAUGACAAAAUCUGCCAGGAAUGACAUGUUAACAGUCCAUGCUAUUGGAUGGAACCGACGGAAGCAGGAAGGCCUUCAUCUUGCAUUAUCCAGCAGAUACGUCAAGACUUGUGAAAAGGCGCAGGCUGAGUCUCAGAGACUGGAAGAUUUGACCAAUCAACUUGGUUGCCCUGAGAACAUGGUGCAUCAGUGGGUUCAUGAUGUCAGAGAAUGGGCUUCUGAUGAUUCUGCAGGUACCAGAUGUGAUGACCAACAACCUCUUCAGGAAUCAAUUGAAGAAAUGUUCCUUGCGGUUCAUCACAGAAAAGCCAGCCUUUAUAAUCAGACUGACAGCAACAAAAUCCGACAGUUGCGACGAAGGAAAUUGGGGGAAGAGAAGAAAAAACUGUUUGAAAAAAUCAAGCUGUACAAUGAGCAGGUUGCAGAUGAGGAGCGCAUCCUUGAGGAUAAGGUGGAAAGCAGACUCUCUGUGGUGGAAGGAGACAGUGGGGCAGACUGUCUAAUAUGGCCAUGGGAAGUGCACAGCAGAGAAUCGAGCAAUAUCCUUACGAAGAAGAAGAUUUUUGAUGUUUACAUGUCAAAAAUGCGGCUUCAAGAGGAAAAGAUCAUUUUGAUGAGGGAGAUGAGACAGCACUGCGCCUACCUCAGAAAGCUGGCCUGGAGUCUCCGCAAAAUGAUGUCCGAAAUGUCUUCUGGCAGGAACAGUGGCAGUUUAAGUGAAGAGGGCCAUCGUGGGCUGCUGUGUCUUCAUCAGAAAAGGCUUGCUGAUGUGGAGGAGAAGUUCCAAGUCGUUAGCUCAAGGUACAGCCAGGCUUUAGGACCGAAUGCUGCUUCUCUGCUUGAGGACGGACCCGAGGACAUACCGGAGGACGACAAAGAACAUGUAUAUGAGAGUUCAGAUGAGAGUGAUUUUGAGGCAGUGUAAACCAGUUUUUCGAAACACUAGCUUUAUAGAUGGAAAGGUAUAGCAUCGGAUUUAUGUAUGUCAAGCGCGAUAUAAUCUUCCCUGCAAGAGCAUGUAUGCCCUCCAGCUCUCUCAGAGCAGACACUUCCUCACACAAGGUGGCUGCUCUGUGCGCGUACUGUGUAGUUUCAUACAUGAAGAUGUCAUUAUGUAACUCUUCCUAUGUUUUGUGUCACGCUCUCAGCUACCUGCACGACUCUUGGUUGUAGAAUUGUUAUGCAAAGACUAAAAUCUGUGCGCAGCAUAUAUAAUUUGUUUGUGAGCAUGUUUUAUCAUGCUCGCGACAUAUGACAUAAAUCUGACCCAAUAUUCAGGAAAAUUUGAAAACACAUACAAAAAUCCAAAACCAAUACAACAACAAAUAUGUGCUGCAAAUGAAAAAAUGUUGCUAAAUGCCUAAACUAAUACGCAACUGCAAACUGCUCUAAACACAAAUUAACUAAAAAACAAACACUGAAUACAAGUGCAUUAACAGGGAUUGACCACACCUAGAGGAUGAGUCACACCACGCAAACUAUUUAAAUUCAUUUUUACAAUGACAAUGUAGUAAUUGUAAUUUCUCUGCAGUUACAUCUGCCAUGUCGUGUUGUACAUUUGGUUGGCUUUCAGUGUUAUCUAUCUAUAACUAUCGUCCAUCAAAUCGCUCUGAAAGUGAUCCCAAACAAUAUUGUUUACCACUGUUUGUCAUUAUUACAUAUAUAUCAUGUCAUGCUGUUUCACUUAGCACUCCUUUUUAGACAAGUAGAACUGUUUGGAUUAGAUAUGCCGUGUUUAAGUUGCAUAUGUUUUGGGGGUUUGGAAUCUUCACUGCAUGUUUCUGCUAGCAUAAGUGCUUUGAACCACUGUAGCGUAUUUGCCCAGGUCGGCCACUGUAUGAAACAGCACUAAUCGUAUGACACGCAUAACGGCAACAUGAAUGUCCAAAAGGCAAAGAGAUAAUCCUAUUUAAAUAGCUACGUUAAAGAUAUCUUUACCGUAUCUGCCCCAUCU